AUGGACCUACUGUUUGUGCUGCUCCGUGGGCUGCGGAUGGCCCUGGACCUGCUAGUGCUGUUGCUGGAUGUGAACUUCUUCCUCGUGUCGUCGCUGGUGUCGGCGCUGCUGUGGCUGCUCGCCGCGGCCUGCAGCCUCCCUGCCGCCACCGCCGCCGGCGCCCUGGCCUGCUGGGACGGGCUGCUCCUCUCGCUGCUUUCCCUGGCCCGGGCGGCCGGCUCCCUGGCGCUGGGCGCUGCGCAGGGGCUGGCCGGCCUGUUGCGCGGCUGCUGCUGCGGCGGCCUGGAGGGGCUCAAAGUGGCCGGGCACCUCCUGUCGCACCUGGCGCUGCGAGGCAGGGAGCUGCUGCACCGCGAGCUCUGCGGGCUGCUGGGCUGCGGCCAGGCCCUGGCCAGGCAGGUCGGAGAGGGCCUGGCGAUCGGCACCAGUCUGCUGGCUUACCUCAUCAACAGCCUCGUCAACGUGUGCCUCAUCGGCACGCAGAACCUCUUCACCCUGGUCGCAGCCCUGUGGGACUCGGUCGCCAGCCCCUUCCUCAGAGUCACAGACCUGCUGGCUGCGUUCCUCGCCCACGUCUCCAGCGGUGCCAUCGCUGUGUCCAUCCUGCUGUGGUCACCUUGCCAGCUGGCCUUCGAGCUCCUGGCCUCCAUUGCCGAGCUCUUCAUCAGCAUCUUCUUUGUGAAUAUUUACGGCCUGGGCUUGCUCCUCUUGAUCAUUGUGGUCAGCAGCUUUGUCUUCAACCCUGGACUGCUGUGGACGCUGGCAGGCUACAUGCUGAGCUACUUCAACACUCUGCCUUCCUACCACCGCCUGCAGAGGGAUGUGUGGCGUCUCUAUCAGGUGGCAGUCCUGACGCUGGGCAUGGCCAUGACCUCGCAGGCUUGGCGCAGGUUGGUGGACUGGAGUCUGCAGGUGACCGACUGGAGCCUGCAGGUGACCAACUGGAGCCGGGGAGGCAGAACCACAAACCAGGAAAGCAACCAGCGAGGGGCACCUGUGCUGGCACCCAGACCUGCUGCCCCCAGCAGGCUGGCACUGGCAGGGAUUGGCCAGCUGCCAGCUGAGCAUGAGGACCCUCUGGAUGCUGAGCAGGUGCCACAAGCACGUCCUGCUUUGAGCCGAAGUGCCAUGGCAGGACAGCGUCUCCAGCUGCCCAGGGAGGAGCCAAACACCUCCAGGGGGAAAGGUCCAGGGAGGCAGCAGCUGAAUGCAGCAGCUGCGGAUGCUGAGGGCACUCCGGAUAACGACCCCUGGAUGCUCCUGAAGGAACAAGAGGAACGUAAGAAAUGUGUCAUCUGUCAAGACCAAACCAAGACAGUCCUGCUUCUGCCCUGCAGGCACCUGUGCCUGUGCCAGGAGUGCACAGAAGUCCUUCUGCAGCAGGCCAUCUACCAGCGCAACUGUCCCCUGUGCCGCCAGAUGAUCCUCCAGACACUCAAUGUCUAUUUGUGA